UCUCAUUUGGGAUUCACUGUCAGUUGCAGUCUCAAAGUGGGCUUUUCUGCCUACAUUUUUCAUGGAAAGUAGAAUCUGCCUACAUCCAUGAAGAUGGUCAAUUGCCAUUUCAUUUUUCACUUUCUUUAUGUUAGUAGAAUCUGAGCUUGUGGAUUUUUGCUUCAAGUUUUAUGGAGAUGUUCUUGAGACCGUGAAGAAAUGAUUGGAUCAAGGUGCGCCAAUCUGGUAUCAAAUACCACCUCUUUUUGGGUGAUCAGAGGAUUGUUGAUAAAAAUUAUAUCAUCCGGCAAGAGCCGAAAUUGAGGUAAAACAGUUCCACUUGUGAUUAGGUUGGCCGGAUGACUUUGGGUGGUUCACUGGCCUUGGGAUAUACAGUGGUGGUCAGUUAUAAAAGGGCGUCAACCUCAGUUCUUGAUGGGCAAUCUCUCAGUGUCCUCGGAAACAAUUGAUACUCUUGGAGAGACCUACAUGGUGCUCAGGGGCACAAAUAGAAAAGGGUUCCAAGGCUCAACACACCUCCACUUUUGUCUAAUGCAUCCCCGGCUACUACUCAAGAAAAGUUGAUUGCAGCUCCAAAGCCACUUCAUAUGACUCCCAACCUGGUGAACCGGAUUGAUGAUUUGUCUCAGCCAUGGACUCGGUCACCUACCAAGUCUAAAAUGGAACAUGUCCUGGCAACAUGGCAUUUUAUCUCGUCAGAUCCACUCCUAUCGGGGGGGAUUUGCUGCUGGUUCUCUGUCUUCCAGGGACUCACUGCAGCUUGCUCCAAUGCCUGAAUCAUACGACUUAGAUAGAGGACUGCUUCUUGCUGUACAAGCAAUACAAGCGCUGCUGGAAAAUAAGGGACUUCUGGUCAUAGUUGGAAUUGGUUGUAAAAUUGCAGCUAAGAUAAGCAGCAGCUCUCAUGCUCAGAAGCUUGCCAUCGCAGUUCAGACGCAAGGAAGAAGGAGGAAGCGUUAUACGCUCUUUAGCGUUUUUGUUCUAUUAGAAACGCUUUUGUUAUUUCAAGUUGUGAUUUUACCUUAUGCGUUUUAGAGCGUUUUUAUUAGUGAGGCUUCAGUUAGUUUUGUUAGUUACAGCUUGAAGCCUUUAUAUAUACUCUGUAUUCAUCCGUUCAAAGCAAUGAAAACAGAGCAUCAAGU